UGAGGAUUAGAAGACGGACACGACGCUGCAGCAACAUACGGUAUGCGACUCCUCGGUGUUCCCUGUAUACUGUGUCUGCUGUGGGCAGCUGUUGGCCUCGCGGAGGACGAAGCGCGCCCAACCAAUGCCCCGGUGGUCCAGACAGAGCAGGGCAAACUCGUGGGCACCACCAUGGUGUCGCGGAAGGGCAAGCAGUUCUACGCCUACCUCGGAAUACCGUACGCGCGGCCACCGGUCGGUAAACUCCGCUUCCAGGUUCCGCGGAAACCAGAUCCGUGGGAGGGCGUUCUGCAAGCGACGCAGGAGGGCAACCGCUGCCCUCAGUUGUCUUACCCGGAGCGCAAGUACGAAGGCGAUGAGGACUGCCUGUACGUGAACGUCUUCGCUCCACUGGUUAACAAAAACGAUGGCGCAGAUACGUGGCGAGUAAAGAGGGACGUGAUCGUGGUGAUCCAUGGCGGCGGGUUCCAGUUCGGCAGUGGAGACAUCGCCAACUUCUGUCCCGACCACAUGAUGGACCACGAGCUCGUCCUCGUCACCUUCAACUAUCGAUUGGGCCCCCUAGGUUUCCUGUCUACGGGCGACACGGUGCUGCCCGGGAACUACGGACUCAAGGACCAGGCGAUGCUGCUGCGCUGGCUCAGGCGGAACAUCGGCUUCUUCGGCGGCAACCCCAAGAGCAUCACGCUGCUGGGGAUACACGCGGGCGGCGCCAGCGCGCACUACCACAUGUUCACCGAGCUCUCAUAUGGCAAGUUCCAGGGUGCCAUAUCUAUCUCCGGCACGGCGCUCAGCCCGUGGGCGCAGGUAUCCUCGGUGGAGGCCCGCCGCCGCGCCUUCCGCCUGGGCGAGCUGGUGGGCUGCCGCAAGAAGCAGCUGAAGGACAGCGAGCUCUUGCUUGACUGCCUGCUCAAGACCUCCGCCGAGGAGCUGGUGCGACAGAUACCCAAGAUCCUGGACUGGAGCACGGACCUGACGAUGCCGUUCGUGCCGGUGACUGAGCCGUACAUGCCGCGCAACCGCACGUUCGUGACGCUGCCUGUGGAGCAGAUGAUAAAGACGAUCGGCCAGUACGGCUACCAGGUGCCGUGGCUCAUCGGGAGCACCAGCCACGAGGGACUGGGGCAGUCGCUCAUGAUGCUGGUGUUCCGUUAUAUGAUGAACGAACUGAACGAGGACCCUGGUAAAUACGUGCCCAAGUACCUAGGCCUGACCAUCGAGGGCAACGAGGAGAGGGCUGCCGCCAUCGGCCGGCAGAUCUGGGACUACUACAUGGAGGACCAGCCCCUCACCAGGGCGACCAUCGGCAGACUCAUAAACAUGACGAGCGAUUUCUACACGUAUUAUGGCGUGACUAGGAGUGUGGAACUGCACACGAACCAGACUUCUAUGCCAAUGUUUGUCUACAACUACGCAUGGCAACGUCACAAAAGUCCCAUCGUGUUAGGUGUACCACAAGGCGCUGAUGUCCACCUCUUAUUCCCCAAUAUUGUCGCAGGGAAAAAACUUAACUACACAAGAGAAGAGUACAAAUUCGUUGAUAAAAUGGUAGAAAUUAUAGUAAACUUUGCGAAAGGCGGGGAUCCAACGAAAGACAAGAGUGAGGAGCUGGAAAGCGUAGUAUGGCCGAGAGCCGAGGGCAGACACUUCACAUACCAGCUGAUAGACAAGAAGUGGCGGUCAGUGGACGGGGGCCUGCACCCGGAGCGCAUGGAGUUCUGGGAGGGCAUCCUGGCCCCUCUGAGAGAGGAGGAGAGCGAGAGGGCCAGCCGGGAGAGGGCGCAGCAGGAGCAAGAGUGGGAGGAGAGCCACCGGCACGAGACCGUCGCAGACGAGCCAAUCAGGGACGAGCUCUGACCCUCGCUAAGAAUUGAUGUCA